GGAGGUGAAGGUCUGGAUAAGGGACAGAGAUCACACACAUAAACAAAGACAGCAGAGUAUCUGACCCAGACAGAGAGACAGUGACAGAGAGACAAUAUGCAGGAACACAGACUGUAACAGCGUCUAUUAUUCUGCAUUACUGGUGGUUUUAAGUGGAUUUCUUCUGCAACAGGCAGUAUAUCGAACUCAAAGGAUCUUCUUAAAAAGCAUUUGUUCUGAAAGUGUUUUUUGGCUCGCUUAGUCCAAAUGCAGCCAGCAGAGUAGGUGCCAUUUACAAGAACAGGAGCAGCACAGCAGCUGCGACUAUGACAAGGUCUGAGGAAGCAGUCAGAGUAUAAUACAGCAAGCAAAAAAAGGAAUUUUUUUUUCCACUGGAGAAGCAGGAGCAGGUUCAACAGAAAUACCAGUAGUGAAUACAAUCGGUUCUGGCUGCUGGCUCUGCUGUGUCUUCAUCCUCUACCUCCUCAUCCUCUGCUCCAGCUGCAACUUCAUCCCCUGCAGCAAACGAACAUAAUCAAACCAUCAACUAGUCCCGCGCCUGGCUCUUCCAUAAUCUGCAGCAGUCUCAGUUGUUGCCAUGGCAUCUGCAGCUCUGGAGCUGAUGGGCUUCUUCUUGGGCCUGCUGGGGAUGCUGGGUACCAUGGUCGCCACAGUGCUACCAUACUGGCAGAUUUCUGCCCACAUUGGCUCCAACAUUGUCACAGCCGUGGCCAACAUGAGGGGCCUGUGGAUGGAAUGCGUCUACCAGAGCACAGGGGCCUUCCAGUGUGAGACCUACAACUCCUUGUUGGCCCUGCCUUCCAACCUGCAGGCCUCUCGUGCCCUCAUGGUCAUCUCCAUUGUGCUGUCUGUCCUCGCCAUUGCCAUGGCGGUCCUAGGGAUGCAGUGCACUCUCUGCUUAGAGGGUUCAGGUGGAGUUAAGAGUCAGGUGGCAGGUGCCAGUGGGGGCUUGUUUCUUACCGCGGGCUUCCUGGCACUCAUACCGGUGGCGUGGACCACACAUGAGGUGGUCCAGACCUUCUACCGACCCACCAUAUCGGCCAGCAUGAAGUAUGAGCUGGGGGACUGUUUGUAUGUUGGUCUGGCUUCUGCUCUCGCCUCCAUGCUGGGAGGGGGGAUGCUUUCUGUGUCAUGCUGUGAGGAGCAGGAUGGAGGCCGUGGGAGACGCCAUGCUGGUGGGUAUCCAUACCCAGUAGGAGGUGGCAUGCCGGGCACAGGGGCACGGACCACCUCACAGACCUAUCGCAACCCCAACCUGCAGGUGGGGGGCAUCAACACAGCCAGCAUGGUCCGCAAUACCAGUGGCAGCUCCCAGUCAAGUGCACAUGGAGUCCAGGGAGCCAAGAAGCCCAAUGCAGCAGGAUAUGACAUUACAGGAUAUGUCUGAGGUUACUGUUACUCCAUCACACGUUUAAAUGUGGUCCGCUGACAACUUUGUUUGAUUAACUGUAUUCAUAAAGUGUAUUUAAAUGAAUGUUCACACUAUAUACUUGACGGAGAAUCAAGACAAAUUAAAUACAUGACAAACGAGAGAUGAGUAAACUGUAUGACAACAAUCUGGCUUGUCACGCUGUGUUUGAUGGCCUUUCUGCAAUCUGUGGUGGGUCCUUUUUUAAAGAUUUGUUAAAUAAAGUGCAAUUGUGGCAUUUCCGUACAAUUAGACUGCAACAAACUAUUUUACUGUUUUUUUCUCUGUUAAAGUUUCAUCUUUGUGUAGGAUCAGACACAUUUCCAUUACUUUGAUAGCAACUUAUCUGUUAUGUAGGAAAGUCAAAUGACACACACACAGAGAAGCAUGUCCUCAUACUUAAACAAAUAAUGGGUAAUUUGUCAAAGCGGCCAAAAACGAUAUGACAAUACCAGUUCAGCAACAGGCAUACCGGACCUUAAAUCUGCUAUGGAAGUCAUAUGACGAAUGCGCCAUAUGGUACAAAAUGUUUUGAUUGGAAAUAUAUGGUUCUACAAUUUUACAUAUCAGAAAUACUUUCCAAAGAUCCAAAUUACAUUACACAAACUUUUCUAUGAUCUUACUGCAGCCGCUGUGUUCUGUUUAUACAUAAAGCCAAACAAUGCUUUGGUUUUGCUGCACGAGCACUGCAGACUGUAGGAAAAGAAAAAUAAGUCAAAUUUAAUGGCAUUGUAUUUAAAAAAUAUUAAUGGUUCAUGGAAAUACAUCAUUCUGUCACUGAUGCCUGGACUGUUCGAACAUUUUGACUUCCUGUUGAUAUUUGGUAACUCUAUAUUACUUGGACAGUCCACUGUUGAUAACUGUUAACUGUUUGCUGCUUUUGUAGAUAUUCACCGUCACUGUCAAAUCUGAACCCAAACCUGACAUUUCCAAUCUGAGCCCUACAGAAUACCUCUCACAGUACUGUAUCACCUGAAACCUUUUUUACCGACUCAUUACAGCCUAUCCAUUGCCAGUUAGCUAAUACGCUACUGGACUUCCCACAUGAAGUGUAACCAAAAGUAUUCAAAUCUGUUUUCAUACUAAAUAAUGUUGUGCCUUAUUAUUAUUAUCAAAGUGUGAAAAUGUUAUGUGCAUUUUUCUAGUUUGUUUUUAUUUUGAAAUAAAUCAGAACUUUUCUUAUCAUCA